CGGAGCAGGCGGAGAAUGGCAAGAUGCCGUCCAGGGUUACGUCAAGAGAACAUUGGCAAAGGCAUCGGGGUUGGACUGGUUAUUUGGCAAUGAUCAGGAGGAGACUGGUACAGGCAGGGCCAGGUCAAGGUAGCAAGGUAGAGUAGGGUAUCAAAGCUGUAUCAGGGUUUUGUUGUCAUAUCUUCAUGUAUACCGACUGGUCAUUCCUCUGGUGGUGGAGGUCGACCCAGCGGCAAACCAUUUUGCCAUUUGAACACUGUCACCCUGUCAAGCUGCUGUGAGGGAACAUGCCGAUAGCGCUUGACGACAAAGUCGACGCCUCGUCGUCUUCGUACGCACAUGUCGAUCCAAAGUCGUUUCCUGCGCUAGAUCAUUUCCAAAUCAAGAACAUCCCUCCAGCGGCGUAUUAUAUACCCGACUUUAUCACUGCUCAGGAGGAAGAGUAUCUUUUACGAAAGCUCGAAGAGAGUCCACAGCCGAAAUGGAAGAAAGUCGGUUCAGGCAGGAGGCUACAGUACUGGGGCGGUACCAUGUCGUCAGGAGGGACACUCUUACCGGAGCCACUGCCAGAAUGGCUCACGUCAUUUCCCGACAUCAUUCAACGAAUAGACAGCUUUCUGGAUGUGGCUUCGGGGCAUGAAUACACAGGUCAUGGUAGAGUCUUGGGUAUAAAUCAAGUCCUGGUCAACGAAUAUCAACCACUUCAGGGCAUAUCCCCUCACGAAGAUGGACCUGCAUUUCGACCUUUGGUCGCUACCCUCUCUCUAGGUUCGCACACCGUACUGGACAUACACCAAUAUCUGUCCACCACGACACCUUCACCUCCCAUGGUCGCGACGCUGGCAUCCUCCACCGAUACAUCGGCGGGACGACCCAUCGCCGCUAUACCACUCGCCCACCUUCUCCUCCUCCCUCGAUCUCUUCUCAUCCUCUCUUCAAGUCUAUACACUUCCCAUCUGCACGGCAUAGCAGCGCGUAUGAGCGACAGUGUCCUCUCUCGACCCCUGCCUUCCGCAAGCUUGCAACCCGACUCCAUGGACGAUCCCCCGGUCAUCAUUUCCAAUGCCGACUUGUUGGGCGAUCCAGACAUCAUGGAUAGAUUGAGAGCUGAUACCAGUUCGUGGAAGGCUGAGCGAGGCGUUCGGACCAGCCUGACUUUCAGACACGCCAAUAAGGUCUUGAAAGGAGGAGCAUUCGCCAUGGCCCAAGGGGCCCUCCGAAGAACAUGAGAAGGG